AUGGGUAAUGCGGGAAGACUGAGAAAAGCCAAAUAAUAAAGUUACAAGUCCACAAUGGGAUGUUGUGGGGGUAACGACACAGCAGAAAAAGAGCGCAGUAAGCAGCUUGACAAGCAACUCAAAGAAGAUGCUGAAAAGUCGGCGAGAGAAGUUAAGCUGCUGCUAUUGGGGGCUGGAGAGUCUGGCAAAUCAACUGUUGUGAAGCAGAUGACUAUCAUCCAUAAGUCAGGAUACAACGAGGAGAGUCGAAAGAAGUAUAUAAAUGUUAUCCUCAAUAACGCUCUUGUGUCACUCAGCAACAUUCUACAAGCUAUGAACUCUAUAACGCCUCAUGUUGAAUUUGCCAACUCAGAACGGAAACCUGAUGGUGAAAAGCUCUUAUCCUAUGAGCUGUUGGAUACAACGGCAACUCAACUCCCUGAUGGUGCACCUGAGGUCAUGAAGGCUUUGUGGGCUGAUGGGGGUGUUCAGGCGUGCUUCCAGCGCUCCAAUGAGUACCAACUCAUGGAUUCAGCAAAAUACUACCUAGAUGCUUUGGAUAGGAUCUGUGAAACUAACUUUAUUCCUGAUGAGCAAGAUGUGUUAAGAUGCAGAGUGCAAACAACUGGUAUUGUCGAAGAAAAUUUCUCUCACAAGGAUCUACAUUUCCGCAUGUUUGAUGUUGGUGGUCAAAGAUCUGAAAGAAGAAAGUGGAUCCAUUGCUUUGAAGGAGUAACUGCUAUCAUCUUUUGUGCAUCACUCAGUGCCUAUGAUUUGGUCCUGGCUGAAGAUGAUGCAACAAACAGGAUGCACGAAAGUAUGAAGCUCUUUGACUCAAUAUGUAAUAACAAAUGGUUUACGGAUACAUCAAUUAUCCUUUUCCUGAAUAAGAAAGAUCUCUUCGAGGAGAAAAUAACCAGGUCUUCUCUAAAGAUAUGCUUCCCUGAGUAUAAUGGUGCUGACGAAUAUGCAGAGGCUGCUCAGUACAUUCAAGGUAAAUUCGAAGUCCUCAACAGAACCGAAGACAAAGAAAUCUACACACAUUUCACCUGUGCUACCGACACCGGUAACAUCCAGUUCGUCUUUGACGCAGUAACGGAUGUCAUCAUCAAGAAUAACCUGAAAGACUGUGGACUGUUUUAAAAUGUGUUCUUUGUAGGUAAGCGUUUUAUUAUUAGGGCUAUAGGGCUAAGAUACCAUCGACUGCUUAGUUUUGAAUUUAAUUAACCCUAGUAAUAAUGAUAAUACUCUACGUUUGAUUCCCAAAUCCAAUUUGUAAAAACAACUACCUGAACAUAAAAACUCUGAAAUCUGGCUCCAAACAUUUAAGUUUGUGUUUAAAAGAUCUUGCUAUCAUUCAAGUUGGCAGGGCUAUUAUUGAUUGAACUCGAAUAAUGUUUGUAACUUAACGUUGACCCUUAGCACUAAAAGUGCUUGGACCUCAGCAGCAAUCUUAAAUGUAAGGUUCCAGACCAUUAAAAAUGCUCAAGGUACAGUAUCGUCAACUUGCAUUGGUUUGAAAUACGCUUAAUAUGUGUGUUUGCCAUUGGCUUACUUGUAGCAUAUGGCUUUUUCAAGUUUCUUGUCUGUGCUGGACAUAUUUAUUAACAGGUAAUAUAAUAAUUGUAUAGAUGCAUGAAAAUCACGUUUAGAUAUUAGAAUUAUUCUAUGACAGAUUGUUUGAUCAAUUUUUGCUAACAUUUCGGAUUACUGGUGUGUCAUCUUUCAGCAGAUGGCACAAUCUUUAAAGACGAGCUGUUUUACAGGUAUUUAACAUAUGAAUCUUAGAAGCUAAAGAGAAAAAUACUUGUUUCUUAGCUCUGAUGUGGUUGAGGGCUCAAUUAAUUAAUUAAUUGUAUCAUUUUGAUGCAGUCAAUUAGUCAAUUGUGGCAGCUAAUAGUAGAUUUCUAUAAGAUUGGUGGUAGAACUUGUUACAGGCAAGUGAAAACUGUUUUUCUUAAAGCUCUUAUUACUACUCAAUACAGAAAACUGACCAGAUGAAUUGCUUUUCAAAUUCCUAUUAACAUACUUACCCUCCCAGGAAAGUUUGAACAAUUGUUGCCUAGUUUCGGAAAGUUGCUGGGCUGGUUAAAUGAACAAAAUUUUCAAAUUACAAAAAACAAUUAACUCUCAUAAUUUCGCUCAUUCACUUCACUUUCAUCCAUCUUAUAAUGAUACUUUGCUGAGCAGUCUUUGCUGAGUGCUGAGUUCUUGCUAUUUGUCGCACACCGGCACAAAACUAUACACAAUUAUAUUCAACCAUAUAUUUAUUCAAUCAUUUGAAGUAUAUAUUUAUCCUACUUAUAUCAUAGCAUUCACUCACCACCACUUAAACGAAUGCUUUUAUUUGUAAUAAUGCUGUUUUUAUAUAUUUGACUAAAUCCCUAUGCCUACCGACCACACUAUAAGGACAACGUCUGUUUGUCUAUCCAGACUUUAACUUUAAAGUAUGUGUCAUGCUUUUUAGUUUUGUAAUAUAACGUUGUGUCGAUUGUUUAAUAUGUGUGUUAUGGAAUUAAUCGUUUAGUUCAACUGCCAAUGUAGUUGAAAUCCUCGGGGAUCUGUAAUAAAUAGGAACAUCUGAGAUUGUGUACAAUAUUAUGUGCUUCAAAUUGAACUCUAUAUUUUAACCUUGAGGGUUUCUCGUUUUACUAACCAAAAUACUUUGAUCAAUCAAAAUGACUCCAAAUGAUUUAAUCUAGGAUGUUGCCAGACCUUGGAUAUGUAAUAUUAAGUCAUUUUUGCCUAAGGUAAGCACACGUAAAUAAGUAUCAAUGUGAUUUUCAUUUCAGUUCUAAUCCAACUUUUUUAGCUCAAAUGCACGUGCUGCAAAAACUUUAAUUUGAACUGACUAAGCUGCUCCUUUGUAAGUUAAGUAAGUAAGUAAGUAACCGUUUCCCCAAGGCUGGCAACAGAUAUUACUAUUGCAUGAUCUGAACCGCUGUACCUUUCGUUUUAGGUGGAAUGUCUGUGAUGUUGUUGAAGUGACUUGUUUAUGGGUUGUACAGCAUCUGCCCUUGAGGGGGUUGACAAAAAUGCCGUAGAGCGUAGCAAAGCUCUUGAUAGACAGCUCAAGUUUGAUGGAGAACGAGCAGCCCGAGAAGUCAAACUGCUUCUCCUUGGAGCUGGAGAAUCAGGCAAAUCUACCAUCGUCAAACAGAUGACCAUCAUCCAUAAGUCAGGCUACAACGACGAGGAACGCAGAUACUACAUCCCGAUCAUCCACGACAACACUCUUAAUUCCAUAUGCAGCAUUAUUCAGGCAUUGGGCACCAUCAGCCCUUAUAUUGAGAUAAAGGAUUCUGGAAGGGCAGCAGAUGCAGUAACUGUUUUGAAAUAUAGAGAUGAAAUCGAGGGAGAGGAAGUUAAGUUAACUGAGGAAAUUCAAGACUGCAUUAAACGCCUUUGGACUAACGAGAACAUACAAGAAUGCUUCGGGAGGUCGAAUGAGUACCAAUUGAAUGACUCAGCUCAGUAUUAUCUUGAUGACAUUGACAGAAUAUGCGAUUCGGACUAUCUGCCAAAUGAACAAGAUGUUUUAAGGUCUAGGGUUCGUACAACAGGUAUUGUCGAACAGAAGUUCAGCCACAAAGGCCUUCAGUUUUGCAUGUUUGAUGUUGGUGGGCAGAGGUCUGAGCGAAGGAAAUGGAUCCACUGCUUUGAGGGUGUUACUGCUAUCAUAUUUUGUGCCUCUUUGAGUGCCUACGACUUGAAGCUUGUUGAAGAUGAAGGCAUGAACAGGAUGCACGAAAGCAUGAAGCUGUUUGAUUCCAUCUGCAAUAACAAGUGGUUUACUGACACUUCCAUCAUUCUUUUCCUAAACAAGAUGGAUUUAUUCGAAGCUAAGAUAACCAAGUAUCCCCUAAGUCGAUGUUUUCCGGAGUACCAAGGCGCCAACACGUACGGUGAAGCUGCCCAAUAUAUUCAGCUCAAGUUUGAAGCUCUGAAUAGAAAAGAUGGAAAGGAAAUCUACACACAUUUCACCUGUGCAACCGACACCGGUAACAUCCAGUUCGUCUUUGACGCAGUAACGGAUGUCAUCAUCAAGAAUAAUCUAAAAGACUGUGGACUGUUUUAAUGUUAAUAGUUCACCUAGCAAAGUUUAUAUCGUCCUUACUUUUUAUCUGCGAUUUGAGCAUAUUUAUUCUUUUUAUUUAUAAUCGAUUAU